CUUAUCUCGUUUAAUUUACAGUCUGGUGUGCUGGGUCUCGUGUGUGGACGCGCAGCAGCAUCUGCGCCUUUAAGAGCACCUCUGACAGCAUCCUCCUCUGCUGUCACGGACGCGCACACAGCCGCUCAAUGAGAAUUUGAGAAUAGCGCUUAGCUCUCCGCACGCACGCAUCCUCCCAGAGACUCAUCACAACAUCUCAUUUAUUAUCGCCAUCAUUUUUCUCCAAUUUGGGACAUUGAUGAAUUUGCCCCAACGCUCGCCGUAGCGGUCCGCCCGAUCGUUAUUGCUCGUAUUUCCUCUCUCCCCGCAUCCGAAGAACCGAUCUGCGCUCCAAGAUGGCUGAGCUGAAUCUGGGGAAGGGGCUGACUGCGGGGAAAGUGGCCAGCAACGUUCAGAAAAAACUCACGAGAGCCCAGGAGAAGGUUCUCCAGAAGCUUGGCAAAGCCGACGAGACCAAAGAUGUUGCGUUCGAGGAGGGAGUGAUCAACUUCAACAAACAAUAUGCUGAAGGCAGCAAACUGCAGAGAGACCUUAGAGCGUACCUGGAGGCAGUGAAAGCCAUGCACGAGUCCUCCAAGAACGUGCAGGCGUGUUUGGCCGACAUGUACGAGCCCGACUGGUACGGCAAGAACGAAGUGGACUCCAUCGUGGAGGACUGCGACGUGCUGUGGACCGACUACCACCAAAAGUUGGUCGAUCAUGCUCUCAUCUCCAUGGAUACCUACCUGGGCCAGUUCCCUGAUAUCAAGGCACGUAUAGCCAAGAGGGACAGGAAGCUGGUCGACUACGACAGCGCCAGGCACAACUAUGCCACCACACACAAGACUAAGAAAAAGGACGGUGGCAUCAAAAUAACCAAGCCCUCCUCCUUGUUAGAGAGGGCCACCCCAGGCUGGGCUCAGGGUAUCUUGUCUGCACACAACGUCGCCCAGAGCAGUCUGUCCAGGAGCCAGGCCGAGGAAGAGCUGGAACGAGCCCAGAAGGUGUUCGAGGAGAUUAAUAUUGACUUGCAAGAGGAGCUGCCAUCACUCUGGAACAGUCGUGUUGGGUUUUACGUCAGCACCUUCCAGAGUUUGGCUGGAUUCGAGGAGAAGUUUCACAAGGAAAUCAGCCGGUUGGAUCAGGAUUUGUAUGAUGUCUUGGUGAAACUGGAGAGUACGGACCCAACCAGAAAGGAAAGUAGCAGCGGCGCCUCAUCGUCAGGAGCAAGUAGGAGUGGAAGAGAAGCAUCUAACCACACUCUAAGGCCAGGGGGACCGCCGCCAAUCCCCAAGUCUCCAUCCAAGCUAAGACCGGCAGUGCCUCCUCCACCCAAGGUGACCCCGUCGAAGGAGAUGAAAGCAGAGAACAUCAUCAACCUGUUUGAUGCUGCAGCUACUCCUGACAUCAGCGUCACCUCCCCCACAGAGUUUGACAGUCCUGCAGUGAGCAGCCUGUUGGACAUGGACCUGGACUCGUUCAGUGCAGCAGCCAAAGCCUCCGCGGUCGCACAGCCUGCGAACUGGGACUCAUGGCAUGAGGACAGUGGUGCCCAGGAAGAGGACACCCAGGAGCACUAUGACCCCAUAGCAGCUGCCACGCAGGGCUGGGGGGAUGAUGGUACGCGGCCCGUCCGCUAUGACCCCAUCGCGGCUGCCACGGAGGGCUGGGGGGAUGACGGAACCAAACCGGUUCGCUAUGACUCUGUGACAUCAGAGAGAGAUCAGGAUGAUGAUGAGAUCCAGCAGGCGCAUUAUGAUCCCAUGGCUGGAGCCCAGGCGGCCUGGGACGAUGACGAGAGCCAGCCGGUCACAGAGGUGGCCGCCGCUGAGGAUGAAGCACCUGCAGCUGAGACUCCAACUGAGGCUCCACCUGAGACUCCAGCUGAGGAAGAAGCCUCACAAGCUGAUGCGGCGUUGGAUGGUGAAGAGGGUCAGGGUGAGUCUGCAGCAGCUGCUGCAGCACCAGAGGAGGAGGAAGAACCAACACCUGAACCUGCAGCACCUGCACCUGAAUCUGCACCUGCAGCAGCAGCAGAAACAACAGAAGAAGUGACGGCGACGGCAGAAAUGCCACCCGGCUUCCUUUUCAAGGUCCAAGUGAUGCAUGAUUAUGCAGCCAACGACACAGAUGAACUGGAGAUGAAGGCUGGUGAUGUGGUGCUAGUAAUCACCUUUGACAACCCUGACGAACAGGAUGAUGGCUGGCUAAUGGGCUUUAAGCAGGACGAUUGGCAGCAGAACAAAGAAAAUGCAGCUAAAGGGGUGUUCCCUGAAAACUUCACCCAAAGGCUGUGAAAGAGGAGGACAGGACGCCAUUCCAGCAUCCUUCUCGAUGUCUCUCUUCCUCUUUGCCUCAAUCCUUCCCCCCUCGACUUGCCCUGAUGCUAUAUCUUUACAGGACUUUGGCCAUACAAGCGGAGCUGUCACAGCCCUGGUGGAAAUCGUGCAUUUCUAAGGUCUGCUACACUGUGCUAAAAGUGGAUCUUGGCGUUUCUGUGGAUCUCUGCCAACAUUUAUGGAUUUGCAGGUGUAGCCAUUUCACAGGUCCCACUCCCUGCUGCACUAUACCAGAGGAAUUAAGUAGAGAGUCCCCAUCAUACAGGAUAGAUGUCGGCACGGGCGCCUCUGCAAUGGCUACCACUGCAAUGGUGUUAAGAUGUUUUAUUCUUCGUCACAUCUCAUCCUAAACUCUCCACCUCCGUAACAGAGAAAAUGGCCACUGAGACAUGCUUUUGUUCAUCUGAUGCUGAGGGAUUGAAAGCAGUGUAAAAAAAAAAAGUCAAUGCCAAGUGUAGCAGAGUAUUCCUUAUAUAUAAGCCCUGGAAGCUGUUUCAUAAAGAUGAAAACUUUACGCCCCAUUCAACUCCAAAAAGACCUUUGAACACACAGAAGUCUAACCGGCCAAACUGCACAUAAAUAGUGAGGAAUUUAUAUGAACAAAAACAAAAUUAGCAAUCUCAUUUUCUUAAGCUCAGAGAUCUUUCAAAACACCGGGAGUUGGUUGUUUUAGCCACACGUGUGUCGCCAUCAGUCGUCAUUUUCUUUCUCGGUCACGAAGGUUUGUUGUUAUCAUCUGUUCCAUUUUCUGGUGGCUAACCGCAACUCUGACCAUACGUAAGUGGAGGUGGAGCAUAGCAAAGGGUGUGUCAUUUCAAAAAUGAAGCAUUGCUAUUUUGGUGCCAGGAUUUGUAUUUGAUAAUUACUGAUCUGCAAUCAAUCUAAUAAGUCCAGGGGCUGGACAUAUGCAGCCCAUCUUCUAAUUCCUACUUUCAUUGUUUACUUGUGAAACAUGGGCCCUAGAUCGUUGUAUUAGUUUGAAUUCAGUGGUUGAAUAUGUAGUUUGAACCCGUUGUUAAAAUCCAAAUAAAUGACAAAUGCAGUUAACCAGUCUGAGAGCAACUUAGUUAAAGGUGCAAUGUGUAAGAUGUGGGUUUGUACCUCUGAUGGUACAGCUCCCCCUCCCCCCACAGAGUGGCGAGUUGCACAAGCUUACACAAGAGGAAAUGUUUUUACACAAGGUUUCAACCAACGGCUCACCUUCUGAAGAGGAAGUUUCUAGUUUUUCUCUUUCGUACAGAACUAAGACGAGCUCCAUUGUCUCGUUUACGCAUCGUAAAACACUCCUCAUCGAAAACCCGACAGAAACAAAAUGAAACAGUAAAAACAACAACCUUGGAUUGACUUUCUGCUGUUUCAACAGCGCCAACCCUGGUCCGGUUGAAAUAAAUAAUGAAUUCAUUGCUCUAGACGCUGCUUUUUUCCCUAUCGUCCUGUCACAGUCAGAGUCACCUCAGCGCUGUGUUCCCUGGCGUAAAACUGCCCGGUUGUGUUGGGUGUGCAGAGACUCGAGUCAGCUUAGGGCUGCUAGCUGCACUGCUAACUGGGCUAACUGGGCUAACUGGCUAACGGCAACUAGAAGCUCCAAUCUUAGAUAGUGUUUAAUCUGGUGACGUACUUCUCCGUAUUUCUUAAACAGGCGGCGAAUCUUUACACAUUGCAUCUUUAAUGACAGCACGAAUUCAAUAUGAAAACAGGAAGAAAUACUGGUCCUAGAAUUCCUACAGAAUAGAGAAAACAUGAGUGUUUUUAUUAUUUUUUUUCUUAACAGUCAUGUUUUUUAUUUCCUUGUUGUUUGAAUCUGUGUGAACUUGUGUGGCGUGGGUGUGUGAAAAACCUUUUCAAGGAUAUUCUUUUUGUUUUCCACAAGGGAUUCCAAAUAUGCAUCAACCGGGCUCGCUUCACAGCCAGCCAGCCGAUAAACUACACGGCAACGAGACGCUGCUACUGGUAGUAUAAUAAUAGUUAGGCAGAUAUGGUUACACCCUAAUCCUAAUCGAAUAUAUGAUAACUGAGCCAGCCUCAUUUUGUUUUUGAAAAAAAAAAAAAAGAAAGAAUAUAACGUGCCGAAAAACAAUUCCUUCCGUUUGCAUAGAGGAACUCACGAUGCAGAUGAUUCAGAAUAUGCACCAGAGCAACUUCUUUUAUUUUUGUAUGCUGCCAAGCAAUGAUUACAUAUAGCCUGAUGUAACUAUGUCAACAUAAUUGCCAACUUAGGAUGUUAUGGAGUGUUUUGUACUUCUGUCAGGUUUACUGCUCUUGACACAGCCGCUUAACCGUAGGUAGUUCUGACUAUCUCACGUUCCAGUCAUCCAACUAUUCACCGACUCAAAAGAGAUUUAUCAUGAUGUUACUAACAUGUAAUAAGUGUGGGAGGAAAUGUGUGUGAUUGUAUGUGUGUGAUUGUAUGUGUGUGCGUGUGUGUGCGUGUGUGUGUGUUUAUGGGUUGUUUGGGAACAUAAAUUCUUUAUCUAUAGGCUUAUUGUUCUUGGACGAUAUCACCACCACCUACCAGGGGACGAGGUCGUCAAGUUUUUCAGGAAGUUUUUUUUUUCCCCCCCACCGGAUGAAGACAACUCCAAAAAAACGUAUUUGGGUCUUUUCCCGCUGGCUGGUAUUACGGUUCCAGGUGUUAUUGUGCAUUUGUUGUGUAUAAGUGUAAUUUUGCCAAGCUGUGAUGACAGAUACAUAUUCUAUAAAGACAUUCAUAUCUGUAUGUGUGUUACUGUGAGCAUGCUGAAUUCCCAUGUGUUGUUGUGUGAACACCCUUAAUUUGAAGACGAUGAUACCUGGGGCACUUUUGAGGCAAUUUUGUUUUUUUUAAAUUUGUUUUAUUAUUUAUUUUUGUUUUCAUCUUGGUAAAGAGGGUUGGUCGCUUUGUGUUUUUUUUCCACUGGUCCCUCUUUUAAAAAUCAGUCCUGAUUAUAAUUGCUUGCCUCAGAAUGUUGCCGGGGUAUCGUGGUCCAACCGGAGAUAAACAUUAUUAAGUGGAGACGCGAUGCGUAGAGAAAACAUUUUGAACCACUGGACCCAGGUGGACGGAUUUUUGUAAUGGUUUUCAGUAUUUUAACCACUUGAGAUGUGCAUGAGUUUUUCCAUGUGUAUUUUAGAGAGCCUCGCCUGCACAUUUAGGUAAAAAACAAUCACUUUCAUAUUUUUAUUUUUUUAAAUAUAUGUAACUUAGUGAGCAGUUCGCCGGGGUCCGGGGUUCUGUGUGUCUGUAUGGAUCCGUCUCCUCAGAUGAGCUAUGGGAUAUGACAAAAAGGUUUUUCCUGUACCUAACUGACCAAUAAUAAUAAAGAUUACUUUGACUCUC